UGUAAAGCUACGUAUUUUGGCUGUGCAGCGAUAACAAAGUAAAGUAUUAUGGCUGAGAAACGCGCUCGGCAAUCUCAAUAUGAGUAUAAAGCUACUGCCAGCCUUGUCCUACAGGCUGAUCGUUCUAUGAUCACAAAAAUCAGCAGGGAUGAAGCAACUGGUGAAGUAUUAUCUUUAAGAGACAAACUGAAGGGAGAAAAAAUGGGUUCUCGUUUUCAACGUGCUGAACCUCCUAAAGAAUUAAAGAAACGUUUAAAUAAAAGAAAGGAGCCUGAAGGGAAAAAAGGCAUGGUGCUUUCAAGUUCCUCAGCCAAAAACUAUGUGGGAUUAUUCUAUCGACCUUCUACGCGUGAAACCAAGCAAACUUAUGAGCUAUUAUUGAGCUUUAUUCAAGGAUUUUUGGGUGAUGUUCCCCGAGAUGUUCUAUAUAAUGCCGCUGAUGAAGUUCUUGCCUAUCUAAAGGAUGAGUCGCUUAGGGAUAAAGACAAAAAAAAAGAGAUAGAGGCUCUUUUAAAUGUUUUAGAUGAUGAUAAAUUCUAUCAGUUAACGACUUUAGGAAAGAAAAUUACUGACUAUACCGCAGACAAGGAGGAAGAAGAUACUGCCAUUGAUGAGAACAUCGGCGUUUCUAUUGUUUUUGAGGAUGAAGAAGAGGUCAAGUCUGAAAAAAGCAGCGACGAAGAGGAGGGUGAAGAUACCAUGGCCACAGACGCGCUUGCGGGUGGAGGCGUUGCCGCCGAAGAUGUCGCUGCUGGCAGCAAAGACAGCCUAGAUCCGAGACUGCUAGAUGCUUAUUGGCUGCAAAGGCAGCUGUCCAAGUUUUAUGAUGCUCUUGCUUCUCAGAAGAAGUCUUUAGAAGUUCUUGAGAUUUUGGAUUCUUCAGGAAAUGAUCGUGAGAUCGAAAAUAAACUAGUCCUUUCUUUAGGCUACGACAACUUUGAUUUUAUACGCACACUCCGGCGUAAUCGUUACUUGAUUCUUUACUGCACUAAACUUGCCAAAGCCGGAACAGCAGCUGAAAAGGAAGAAAUUGAGGCUAAAAUGAGAAGCAUUCCCGAACUUUCUGAGGCUUUAAGCAUUUUUAAAGGCGGCGACGAUGGAGCAGCUCAAAAGGCUGCUGCGGCCAGAAAAGAAGCUUCCAGGAAAGCUAGAAUGGACGAAGAGCUUGACGUCAUGGACGUAGACAUUGACGGCGCACAUGGAAAAACAUUGCUUGAAUUGGAUAACUUGGUAUUUCCAAAUGGCGGACACUUUCUUGCAUCGAAGCGUUGCGAUUUGCCGGAAGGCACACGUAAGGAAGACAAGAAGGGUUACCAGGAGAUCCACAUUCCGGCCGCGAAGCCUCCGUUAGAGGAAAGCGAGUCAGCCGUCCUCGUAGAGUCCAUGCCUGAUUUUGCGCAGCCGGCAUUUUCGAAAUACAGGCGACUGAAUCUAAUUCAAAGCCGCUUGUACGAGCCUUGCCUGUUUAGUGACGAAAAUUUACUGGUGUGCGCACCGACGGGCGCUGGCAAGACUAACGUUGCAAUGCUGUGCAUUCUCAGAGAAUUGGGGAAGCAUCAGCUUGCGAAUCAAAAAUUUGAUGUAGAGGCGUUUAAAAUCGUGUAUAUUUCGCCGAUGAAGUCGCUUGUUGCGGAGCAAACUGGGUCGUUUUCCGCUCGUUUGAAAGAUUACGGGAUCACCGUUGCUGAACUCACUGGCGAUCAGCAGUUGACUAAAGAGCAAAUAGAUUCGACGCAGGUCAUCGUCUGCACACCGGAAAAGUGGGACAUUGUGACUCGGAAGGGCAACGAACGGCGCUUCACGGCUCUUGUGCGACUGAUUAUUAUUGACGAGAUUCAUCUCCUCCACGACGAACGAGGGCCAGUUUUGGAGAGUAUCGUCUCCCGCACGCUGAGGAUCACGGAAACUUCGCAGAUCCCUACAAGAUUGGUUGGAUUAAGCGCCACGCUGCCCAAUUACGAGGACGUUGCUGACUUCCUCAAAGUUGACCAUAAAAAGGGUCUUUAUUUUUUUGACAAUUCUUACCGGCCCGUCCCUCUGCAGCAGCAUUUCAUUGGCAUUACUGAGAAGAAGGCUAUUAAGAGAAUGAAAAUUAUGGACGAUAUUGUUUAUGAAAAAGUGCUUCAGUAUGCAGGAAAAGAGCAGCUGCUUGUGUUUGUGCACUCCCGCAAGGAGACCGGGAAGACGGCCAGAAAGCUACGAGACAUGGCAUUAGAUAACGACACGCUCGGAUUUUUUAUGAAAGAAGGCAGCGCCAGUCAUGCUGUGUUGCGAUUAGCUACAGAGGAAACCACUAAUGCUGAGCUCAAGGACCUUCUGCCGUUCGGGUUCGGCAUUCACCAUGCGGGUAUGACGCGAGUGGACAGGACGUCAGUGGAGGAUCUUUUUGCUGACGGGCACAUCCAAGUGCUCGUUUCCACCGCCACUCUCGCGUGGGGGGUUAAUCUGCCCGCUCACACUGUUAUUAUUAAGGGGACUCAGGUCUACAACCCCGUUAAAGGGGCGUGGGUCGAGCUUAGCCAUUUGGAUGUUCUGCAAAUGCUUGGGCGUGCAGGCCGGCCGCAGUAUGACACCCUUGGGGAGGGCUAUCUAAUAACCAGUCAUCAGGAGCUUUGCUACUAUCUCUCGCUUCAAAACACCCAAUUACCAGUCGAAAGCCAACUUCUAUCUCGGCUGGCGGACUGUCUUAAUGCCGAAAUAGUUCUUGGCGCCGUGCUGAACAGCAGGGACGCGCAGAAGUGGCUAGCGAGCACAUAUCUGUACAUCCGCAUGUUGCGGGCACCGGCCAUAUACGACAUUGAACCCGGUGAACUUGAAGAUGACCCGACCCUCGACCAACGUAGGGCGGAUUUGGUUCACACGGCCGCCACGUUGCUUGAUAAGAAUAACUUGAUCAAAUAUGAUCGGAAGACUGGCGGUUUUCAGGGCACCGACUUGGGCCGGAUUGCCAGCCACUAUUACAUUUCUCACGAAACCAUGGCCACCUACAACCAAUUACUGAAGCCGACAUUGUGCGAUAUUGAUUUGUUCCGCGUGUUUUCUCUGUCCGGCGAGUUUCAGCACAUUGCAGUGAGAGAGGAGGAGAAAAUCGAGCUGACCACGCUGCUUGAGCGCGUCCCUAUUCCAAUCAAGGAGAGUAUUGAGGAGCCAAGCGCCAAAGUAAACGUGCUUCUGCAAGCCUAUAUUUCUCAGCUGGGUCUGGACGGCUUUGCCCUCCGCGCUGACAUGGUUUACAUCACGCAGUCUGCCUCACGUCUCUUUCGAGCAAUCUUUGAAAUCGUUCUCCGCCGCGGUUGGUCACAACUUGCAGUGAAGGCGCUGAAUAUCUGCAAAAUGAUUGACUGCCGGAUGUGGCAGUCCAUGACGCCGCUCAGACAAUUUAAGAAGAUUCCCGCCGACGUAAUUAAGCACAUCGAACGAGUCGAAGACUUUCCCUUUGAGCGGUUUUAUGACAUGUCCCCAACCAUUCUCGGUAAUCACGUGCGGGUCCCCAAAAUAGGACAGCGGCUCCAUCAGUGUGUGCAUUCCAUCCCAAAGCUUGAACUCGAGGCUCAUAUCCAACCAAUCACGAGUAAUACUUUGCGUGUCGAGCUGACCUUAACGCCCGACUUCAAGUGGGACGCCGAAGUGCAUGGCCGCUCUCUGUCUUUUUGGAUUUUUGUUGAGGAUGUGGACUCGGAAAUAAUAUUGCAUUCCGAAUUUUUUGUGCUUAAGGACAAGUAUGCCGAAGACGACCACUCGCUGAGCUUCUUUAUCCCCGUUUACGAUCCAAUGCCUCCGCAGUAUUUCAUUCGCAUCGUGUCGGACCGAUGGAUGACCCCUGAGAUGCUUAAGCCAAUCAGCUUUCGCCAUCUCAUUCUGCCGGACAAGGCCGUCCCGCCCACUAACCUCUUGGACCUGCAGCCGCUACCCUUCUCGGCUCUACAGAAUAAAGCCUACGAGCACCUCUACGAAGGCUUCGACUAUUUAAACCCAAUUCAGACACAGGUUUUCAGUGCGCUUUAUUCGUCGUCCGACAACGUACUGGUUGCCGCCCCUACUGGCAGCGGAAAGACUUUUUGUGCAGAGUUUGUCAUUCUUAAUUUUCUCUCCAGCCAGUCGGAAGGCCGCUGCGUGUAUAUCGCUCCGGUUGCUGCUUUGGUCAGGCAAAGAUUUCAUGAUUGGUCCGAGCGUUUUGCAACUCUCGACGUGCCUGUUAUUCUUCUCACGGGGGACACCACUGUAGACUUGAAGUUACUCAGUAACGCAAAAAUUAUUGUGGGGACGCCCGAGCAUUGGGACAUCCUAUCACGACGCUGGAAACAACGAAAGAACGUUAUAAAUACGGCGCUGUUUAUUUGCGAUGAGCUCCAUUUGCUUGGCGGGCCGUCCGGUCCUACCCUCGAGGUUAUCAUCUCCCGCAUGCGGUACAUCGAGAGUCAAACGGGAAACAAAAUACGCAUUGUGGCUCUUUCGUCGUCAUUGGCUUAUGCCAAGGAAAUGGCAUCUUGGUUGGGUGUUCCCUCCCACUGUAUCUUCAACUUUCAUCCCAAUGUUCGGCCUGUUCCAUUGGAGAUCCACUUUCAAGGAUUCAAUAUUGUCCACAGCGGCCAGCGCUUGUCUGCCAUGUUAAGGCCGGUUUACUCAAAUAUAAUGAAACACUCUCCUAAAAAGCCGGUUAUCGUAUUCACGGUUUCCCGGAAGCAGGCUAGCUUGACGGCUAUUGAACUUAUGAGUCUCAGCGUGUCGGACAGCCGCCCUCGACAAUUCCUGCACUGCGAAAGUUCAGACCUUGACACCUACUUACCACUGCUAAGGGACAAGGCUCUGCAGGAAACCAUCCAAAGUGGCAUUGGCUACUACCACGAAGGGUUAUCGGAAACCGAAAAGAAGGCCAUCAAAUUUUUGUUUUCCACUAAUGCCGUUCAGAUUCUCGUGUGCACACGGGAAGUUUGCUGGGAAGUGGACGUCUUUUGCCACCUCGUGGUGGUCAUGGACACCCAAUACUACGAUGGGAGAGACCACAGGUACAUCGACUAUUCCAUUCUGGACAUGCUACAAAUGUUUGGCAGGGCUAACCGGCCUGCCGUUGACAAGUCUAGCAAAGCAAUAGUUCUCUGCCAGACCAGUAAAAAAGAGCUUUAUAAGAAGUUUCUUCAAGAAAUGCUUCCCGUCGAGUCACACUUGAAUCACUUUUUACACAACCACGUGGUUGCCGAGGUGGUCACACAGACGAUUGAGAACAAGCAGGAUGCCGUCGACUAUCUUACCUGGACUUACUUUUACCGCAGGCUUCCCAAGAACGCCAAUUACUACAACAUGACUGGCGUCACCAAUCGGCACAUAUCGGAUUACCUGUCGGACUUAGUCGAGGCUACUCUGCAGGACUUGGAAGAGUCUCGCUGCGUUGUUAUUGAGGACGAAAUGGAUAUUUCACCGCUUAAUUUGGGCAUGAUUGCUUCGUACUAUUACAUCGAGUACACCACCAUCGAAGUCUUUAGCAUGUCGCUUACGGAAAAGACUAAAGUGAAGGGCCUCAUAGAAAUUAUUGCGCACGCCGCCGAGUAUAAAAGCGUGCCCAUCCGCCAUCGCGAGGAGCGUCUUUUGCGACAGCUGGCAACCCGCUGUCCCGUUCAGCUUCAGAAUCCCAAGUUUACUGAUCCCCACGUGAAAACUCAUCUUCUACUUCAGGCCCACUUUUCACGCAUUCAGCUGACCGCAGAGUUACAGACGGACCUCGAUCUCGUACUCAAAGACGCCAUUCGCCUUAUCCAGGCGUGUGUGGAUGUUCUCAGCAGCAAUGGUUGGUUAAAACCCGCGUUAGCUGCCAUGGACACCGCGCAGAUGGUGGUUCAAGGGUUAUGGGAUAGUGAUUCUUAUAUGAAGCAGUUGCCUCACUUUUCGGAGCCUAUACUUGAGCGGUGCAAGGCGGCCGGAGUUGAUGCCAUAUACGACAUCAUGGAAAUGGACGACGACUUGAGAAACAAGACACUACAGCUGAGUGAUCAGCAGCUCCACGAUGUGGCAGCUUUCUGCAAUCGCUACCCCUCUAUCGACGUAACUUAUCAAAUUGUCGACGCUGAUAACAUUUACAGCGGCGGGUCUGUCGUUAUCCACGUGCAACUCGACAGAGACGACGAAGAGGACAUCGCCGAUCUAGACGCUCCUUUAGAGCCCGUCAUUGCACCAUUUUAUCCAAUGAGAAAGGAUGAAAGUUGGUGGUGUGUCAUUGGCCAAAAAGAGACGAAUUUACUGCUGUCUAUUAAACGGAUACCGUUACACCGUCACGGGAAACUGAAGCUUGAAUUUUCUGCGCCCGAAAAGGGCACGCACAACUACAAACUUUUUGUUGUGUGCGAUUCUUAUAUGGGCGCUGACCAGGAAUAUGACUUUGAGGUUAAUGUGAAGGAGGGGCCCGCAGGCGAUAGCGCCUCCAAUAAUUAAAGCAGAAAACUGCGGGCCGCCGGGGGCAUUGCAUUUCGCUCUCUUUUUUUAAUUUACUAACCUGUCCAACUUACUGGCAUUUCGAUAAAAAGCUUGCUAGCUGGAUUUUGUUCUCGUGACAAUAUUGCAUUUCACUUUGAGAGUAUUG